GGCGGGAACUACGCUAAGUGGACGGGGCCUCUUGUGUGAAGGCUAAGGUUGGACGGGAUCUCGCCCUGUGGGCGGGACUUCUGAGUGCCAACCCCACAGGGUGGUUGACUCCGUCCCCUGGGCGGGACCUAGCUCGGUGGGCGGAGCUACGACUUGGGACAGGAACCUUGCGAGGAUCCUCCCACCGGAACUUCCUGAAUCGUGUGCCUGCAGAUGGCGUCACCUGGAGGUUGAGCAGCUGCACGUUGGUGUUGGUAUCGAAGAUCUGGUGAGAGAACAUGGGCAAGAACAAAUUAAGAGGGCAGAAGUCCCUGAAUGUAUUUCACAUAGCCAGCCAAAAAAACUUUAAGGCUAAAAACAAAGCAAAACCAGUUACUACUAGUCUUAAGAAGAUAAACAUUGUGAAUAAUGAAAAAGUUAACCGAGUGAAUAAAGCUUUUGUGAACAUACAGAAGGAACUUGCACACUUCUCAAGAGGCCUUUCUCUGGAACCUCUCCAGAAAGAACUGAGUCCUCAGCAUCAUGAAAAUGAACCAGUUAAUGUUGAUGAAGCUACAAGAUUAAUGGCUCAGUUGUAAUGUAAUGGUGAUGUAUCAAAUUCCCCUUCAAAAGACCAAUAAAUUAAAUGUUUUAUACAACUUUA